AUGCCCUUCCUGAAAGCCCUGACCAUUGCCGGCUCGGACUCGAGCGCCGGGGCCGGGAUCCAGGCGGACCUGAAGACCUUUGCCGCCCUGGGCAUUUACGGCACUUCGGCCGUUACCGCGGUGACGGCUCAAAACGCCCGCCGGAUCGAUGCCCUGACCUGCCUUCCGGUGAACCUGGUGGUCUCGCAAAUCCUGUCGGUUCUUUCCGACAUCGGAGCCCAGGCCGUCAAGACCGGGAUGCUGGGAAGCCCCGAAAUCAUCCAGGGCGUGGCCUCGGCUCUCAGCCGCUAUCCCCGCAUCCCGCUGGUGGUGGAUCCGGUCAUGGCAGCCACCAGCGGCGCCGCCCUCCUUCAAGAGGGCUCGCUGGAGGUGCUGCGCCGCCGGCUUUUACCCCUGGCUCGAAUCGUUACCCCCAACCUGCCGGAAGCCGCCGCGCUGGUCGGAAAGCCACUGCAGGACGAAUCCGACUGCAUCCGGGCCACCCGGGAAAUCCAUGCCAUGGGGCCCCGGUGGGUCGUCCUGAAAGGCGGCCAUCGUCCUGUCAUCGAGUCCGGUCCGGCGGGCGCCAGGGAAGUGGUCGACCUGGUCUACGACGGCAGGGAGCUGCACAGGGUCAGCGGACCCUAUCUCCAGGGAGGUCCCAAACAGGGCACCGGGUGCACCUUUUCGGCCGCCAUUGCGGCCUUCCUGGCCAAGGGGCGCUCGGAGCUGGAGGCGGUGCGGGCGGCCCGGGAGUAUUUGAGCCGGGCCUGGCGGCACUCCGGCGAGCCGGGCCAAACCGCCGGUCCGCUUCACCAUUUCUACGAAUUCUGGCCGAAAUCCGACGAUGGUUGA